AUGGAGAUCCAAAACCCAUUUCAAAUCAGCUGGGAUAAAACUACUGCUCAAUCUUUUCAUGAUUACUUUUUUGCUAAAAUUUCAGCACAUGGGAGUAACCUUGCUAUUGUCGAUGUGGACACUGGAAAACAAUGGAGAUAUUCUGAAAUUCGGAACUGGUGUGAGAUGUGUGCCACACGGCUCAAGGAGCUCCAGGUAACAUCUAAUAGUCGAGUAGCAGUCAUAACUGGAACAACUGGUCAAGCAAUUUUUGUUCAUCUUGCGUGUUCUAUAAUAGGAUGCUCCGCUGUGGUUGUUAACGGUUGGAGUGCUGUUGAUGAAAUUUGGACACUUGUUGACCUAUCAGAAGCCACCCAUCUGAUUGUUGAGAAUCAAUUUAUGCAGAAAGCUGAUGACGUCCGAAGAAAAGCUCAGAUGAGAGGAGGAGGAAGAAUAAAACAUGUUCGACAGAUUGAAGAUGUAUUGACAGCCGAGAGAAUUAAUGUGGACAGUGCACGAAAACGAAACCUCGGAGCUGUGCUAGCCGAAGACAUUUCGGAUUUGACGUCACCAGUUUCGGAAAUUUCUGGACAAUCGAAAGAGAUGAACGGUGAUGUGGAUAGUGGAGGGCAAGACGGAGAUGACGUACAAACUCCGGUUCAACCACUCUCUGGGCAAAACCCAAUGCUGAUUCUGUUCACUAGUGGAACUACAGGACUCGCAAAAGUUGUUCAAGCGAAAGAGCGCUUCUUAUUGCCUCUCUCAAUCGCUCAUAUUUUUGGAGUUGUUUCUGCAUACUAUGCACUUAUCAAUGGCGCUAGUCUUUACCUUAUCUCAAAACAGUCAAAUAAACUUUUGAUGGACACUCUUGUCAGUAAUCAGAUAAACGUAAUGCAUAUAACUCCGGCUUUUGUACAUUGGAUGGCAACUGAAGCAAUGGUUGAUGACUACAAGGCACCUCAUUUGAGAAGCGUUUUAUGCGCGGGUGCUCCAAUUGAUUCGAAUCUUGCAAAUACGAUGAAAUGCCGAUUAAAUAUCAAAGAUUUCCGACAAUCUUUCGGAAUGACUGAACUUGGUGGAAUCUGCACAAUGUCUCCGUAUCAAGAUGACAAAAUCGAGUCUGUUGGUAAUCCAUUGCCAGGAAUGUUGUUUAAAGUGGUGAACUGGGAGACAAAACAAUUGUGUCCACCACGUCAACCAGGUCAAAUAAUUGUGUUGGGACCACAAGUCGCGCCUUGUUAUUAUAAAAAUCCAAAGGCUACAUCAGAACUUUUUGACGCAACCGGAUUUGUCAAAACUGGUGACGCCGGAUUCUAUGAUGAAGUUGGAAGAAUAUAUGUCUUGGAUAGAAUCAAGGAUAUCAUCAAGUGCAAGGGAACAUUGAUUUGUCCGUCAGAAGUUGAACUAGUUCUCCGAGCUCAUCCAGGAAUUGAUGACUGUGCAGUUGUUGGGAGACAAGAUCAUGUAACUGGAGAGGUGCCAGCUGCUUUUGUGGUCAAAAACUCUGCACAUCCUCUUUUGGCUUCUGCAGAAGUUCGUCAAUACGUUUCGGGAAAAAUCGCGACAUUCAAAGAAUUACGUGGUGGCGUAUUCUUUAUCUCUGAGAUUCCGAGAAGUGUGUGCGGGAAGAUACUGAGAAGGAACUUGCGUCAGUUCUGGGAUAGAGAGCGUACUAAUUCAAAGGUCGAUAGUCUGACCAACAAAGAAGGAGCAAAAACAGCUGGUGUUUCCAAAGGUGCACCUGUGAAGAAAACGAACGGUUCAUCCACUCCUUCGAAACGCCCGCCAUCUGCCGGAAGACCUCCAAAGAAAUAA